GUUGGGGGGGGGGGGGGGGGGGAGAGAGAGAGAGAGAGAGAGAGAGUUUAAAGGAAAAAUCCAGAUACAGAGAGACAACAGUCACCACCAACAUCAGAGAAUCAAAAACCCACAAAUAAAAUGGCUUUUCUCAGGUCAGUAACAAACACAACAAAGGUUGCCAUACCUGCCUCUGCUUUACCUGAUGCCUCUGCUCUCUCAUCUAUAUCUACUUCUUCUCCAUAUCCCAAACCCCGAAACCUCUCUUUUCUGUCCCCAUCAUCUUCUCUUCUCUCCUCAACUGCCUCUGGCCUUGUAAAGAAUUUGACUCAGCCUCCUUCUGCCCUUAACAUGGAAACACCUGCAUCGAAUCACAUGUCCAUGUCACAGGAUAAUGUAACCCUGCCUGAGUUAUUUACAGAAUUUAUGGUGGAUAUGAAGUGUGAGGGCUGUGUUAAUUCAGUAAAGAAUAAGUUACAAAGUGUUAAUGGAGUGAAGAAUGUGGAGGUUGAUUUGGCGAAUCAAGUGGUGAGAAUCCUCGGGUCGUCUCCAGUGAAUACUAUGACUGAAGCUUUAGAGCAGACAGGUCGAAAUGCUAGAUUAAUUGGCCAAGGGAUCCCUGAAGACUUUUUAGUGUCUGCUGCUGUUGCUGAAUUCAAAGGUCCAGAUAUUUUUGGUGUUGUUCGCUUUGCUCAGGUGAAUAUGGAUCUAGCUAGGAUUGAAGCCAACUUUACUGGAUUGUCACUUGGUAAACACGGCUGGUCUAUCAAUGAGUUUGGUGAUCUAACAGAAGGAGCAGCAAGCACUGGGAAAGUGUUUAAUCCGACAAAUCAAGGAACUGAACUAGAGCCUCUUGGCGACCUGGGAACAUUAUAUGUCGAUGAGAAAGGAGAUGCCUUCUUCUCGGGCACCAUACAGAAGCUAAGAAUUGCAGAUCUGAUUGGGAGAUCACUAGUAGUAUAUGGAACUGAAGAUAAAUCAGAUAAAGGUCUAACAGCAGCAGUAAUUGCUAGAAGUGCAGGAGUUGGUGAGAAUUACAAAAAGAUUUGUACAUGUGAUGGGACGACCAUAUGGGAAUCCAGUAAUAACGAUUUUGUUGCCGGUAAGGUUUGAUAUUCAAGUAUUCAAGUAUACCCCGCACAAGUAUCUCUGUGUUUGUUUUACUCUGUUCACUGUAUAUGAGCACAGACCUUUGUUGUGUAACCGUUUUGGUUAUGGAAUAAGAUGCUUUACAUUGAGCCAGGACAGCGACUCCCAGCUCUAUAUUAGGGCUUGGGUUUAGAACUUUGCAAUUUGUUCGCUCCCCAAGUUGUCAUUGGUGAUGGACUCGUCUAAUGUAGUAGUCAGUAGUGGCUGUAAUAUUGGAUUGGUAUUAAUGACCAUGGGCUUCAUGUUGCGGUUCAGAAACUACCCUGACCGCGAGAAGCUGAAAUCUUUUGAUGUA